AUGAGCAAGAAAGACCAAGUGAAGAAAAUGCUUCCUUGGGUGAAGCGACAGCACAGACCACUGACAGCGACGGCGCCGAGGCCGGGCCUUCACGACCAUGUAGAUUUGUGCCAGUCACCGAUGACGAUGUCAGAAGAACAAUCAAAACUCAACAAAACAAAAACACAGCCAAGAAAACUGAGAUUACUGGGCCAAUUUUUGAAGACACCAGAAAUAAACGAAGCUAGAGAAAUCCACGAAAUCCCUCCAAAUGAACUGGAAACAAUUUUAUGCAAAUUUUUUAUCAGUGUCCGUAAACCAAGCGGUGAUGACUACGAGCCUACUUCCUUACGAUCUAUGCUUUCUAGCUUUGAACGUCACCUGAAACGACACAAAUACAUGUAUUCACUGAUCAGUAGUAUUGAGUUUAAUGAGGUGCGGGAAACAAUAAAAGCAAAACAGAAGAAAUUAAAGAAAGAUGGUAAAGGCAACCUACCGCGAACAGCUGAGGCGGCUACAGAUGAGGAAAUCGAAAUUCUGUGGGAAUCGGGACAGUUUGGGUCCCACAGUCCUGAAGCCAUAAUAAAUACUAUGUGGUUUUAUAACACAGUACAUUUUGGUCUGAGGGGUAAUACCGAGCACCGUAACAUGUGUUGGGGAGAUGUGAGCCUAUGUACUGAUAGUAGCGGUCGCGAAUAUCUUGAGUUCUCUGAACGGCAAAUUAAAAUUCGGACUGGAGAAAAUCCAAGGGAUACCAGAAAAGUGAAGCCAAAGAUGUGGGACAUCCCUGCGAACCCCAGAAGAUGUCCAGUUGCUAUUUUCAAAAAAUACCUCAGUCUACGGCCAGCUGGUUACACAAAUAGUGACGACCCAUACUACAUCGCCACGCAUUCUCGCGGACUGCCCAGACCGGGUGAGCAGUGGUUCCGUCACCAGCCUAUCGGAAUUAAUAAAAUAGGUUCCCUGAUGAAAAAUAUGGCAACUGCAGCAAAUUUACCCCCAAACAAAUGCCUCACAAAUCAUAGUGCCAGAAAGCAUCUCAUCCAGAAAUUAAGUGACCAAAAUAUACCACCGACACAAAUAAUGCAGAUCUCCGGUCAUCGUAACAUUCAGUCCGUCAAUGCCUACAGCACUAUAUCAGAAAACCAACACAGAGAAAUUUCUGGCAUUUUGAAUAAUCAAGUAGCCACCCCUAACUAUAGCACAUCAAACCCGUGCCAAACAUCAAUACCUUCUGUUAUGUAA